UACUAGAAUAAUAGAAAUGCUCAUAAUAUUUCAGCAGUCGUGAGGAGAGGUACUCAAGGAGGAGACACAGAAUGACGACGACAGAAAUGGCACCUAUGGCCAGAAUCCGGGAGACAGAUGUUGAAGAUAUGGGAAAUGGCAGUAACAACACAAAUCAUGGAAUUGAUGAUGGCCUUGGGGGAGGCGACCACAACCCAGGUCCCAGAAAUGGCUCUGGCCACACUCCCGGCAGGGGCCGAGGUGGAUAUGCACCGGUACCAACAGACCCUGUUAAACCUGGAAGGAAACCAGUGGAUGUGAACUUGUAUGCAACCAAGAAGACAGUUGCACAGGGUAUGAUGGACCUGGCACUACUCACAGCAAAUGCCAAUCAGCUGCGUUACGUACUGGAGGCAGGGGAGAUUGGGAGAAAGGGCUCCUACUACUACGUCAAUAUUGUCCUCAUCUCCAUGAGUAUCAUUUUCCAGGUGAUGAUUGGCAUAACACUGAUAUUCAUCGGACGGUAUAAUGUGAGGGAUGAGGCCCAUGCCCAAAAAGCAGACAGGCUCAACAACUGGGUAGUCCUUGGUGUGUUCCUCAUUACCAUUGUCAAUGUUUUUAUUUCCUCUUUUGCAAUAGAGCCACUAGAAGGAGUUGACCCAGUCUUGUUGCGAACCAUAUCACAUGAAAAAAAUGUUGAAGGAAUUUAAAGAGGGCCUAUCCAUGUACCAUUGCAUGUGAAAUUUAUUGGGUAAGGAUGCUUUUUCCCCAGGCUGAAAUCACAUUGAAUUAUGUUCUCAGAUGGACCAUUUAUGAUGACAAAGUUCAGGUUUAUCUGAUAGGAGGUAAUUGCUUACAGAUUUUAUUUUUCUAGAAGAAAAUAGUUCACUAUUUCAAAGUUUUGCAUAUACUACUAUGCAGGUGUUGUUUUGCACCUACUUAUGCACAUGCAAAUACACAUUUUUCUGCAGAAAGGGCAAAACAUUAUAUUUAUUGUGCCAUUUUGAACAAAGUUUAUACAUGCAUUUUUAUCGUGUAACAUAACCCUUUAUAUAACUAUCAUAAGGGAUGGCAGACUGAGGUGGACAGUCAAAAUGUAGGCCAAAGUGAUUUUUUUGUGUGUGCAAGAGGAAACAUCAGUCAAAAACUGUCUACAAAAUAAAAUCUACCAAUGUCCUCGUGAGUGCCAUCUGCUUUUUGUGUGUUAUGGUUCUGCUUCCACUGAGCACUGGUAGUUGGUGUGACUACAGGCCAGACUUUGUUUUCAAACUCCUGUAAGACAUCAAUUAUUGUAUGACAUUUUUGUACACAAGUUUUGACUAUAGUCAACCAUUUUGCUGUGGGAACAAAUAAGAUAGAUAAGGGGUUAAAAACACUUGUAUACCUUUACUCAGAAACAGGGAACUGUUUCAUUUUUGAGAUGUCAGCAUUUUUGUUAACCCAAUGGCGCCGGGUGUACAAAAGAAAAAAAAAAACUCUACGCUUAAACAAACAAAGGCGCCGA